UAUAAAUUUUUUAACUUUUUUAAAUAUGAAUUAACAUUUUAUUCUAUUCUAUGUAUAUAAAUUUUAUUAUAUGUUAUAUUUCAUAUAAUAUUAAUUAUCUCAACUAUUUAUAAAUCGGUUUGAUAUUGAAAUGGCCUAAUCAUGACGACCUUAUUUUGGGGAGAUAUCAAUUUUCCUUCUUCAAGGGCUGUUGACGAUUAUGAAGAUGAAAGUGAAGAGGAAAAGGAGAUUCAAUUUACUGUGGAUAUGAAUUCACAUCAUCAAAAUAUCUUUAAGUCAAUCCAUGCAAAAAGAUUUAUUUUCGCAAUUGGAUCAAACGCAAUCGCUUUUACUAAAGCAUAUAUCUUACAAAAGUUUAAACAUGAAAAAAUAGGUUCAUUGUCAAUGCAUGUUAAACAUUUCAAGGAAGAUAAAAAUAAUACAAACAAUACAUUUGUGGGACGAGACUGUUUUUUGUAUCAUAUAAAUGAAGGAUAUUCCACAAUAAUUUGUCAUUUUGACUCAAAUUUAAAUACUGAAUUUCAACAAGAUUUUGUUAAAUAUAUGUUUGGAUUACUUGGUCAAAAUACACCACCUUUGUUUAUAAUAUUAACAAAUGUUCAUAUAUCAAACCUAAAAAUUGAUAAAAUACCUAUACCAAAUCCACCUUGUCUGAGGUUUCUUAAAACAGAUGUCAAUGAGAAGGAUGAAAAGAAAUUUAAUUGUAUUCCUUAUUUGGAACAACCUAAUAUAAUAUCUGGUAUGCCUGCUUCGAUUAUGACAUAUUGUCAAAUUCACAAACUAACUGGAUAUCUAUACUUGGUUUAUUCUGAAACAUUUAUUACUGACAUUGUCACAGUUAAUGCAUUUCUAUCUGUUUUGAAUACUCAAGAAUUAAAAGAUUUCAUUACUAUAAAUGGAGAAAAUAUUAAAACCCAAAAGUAUCUAGAAAAUAUUAUACAAUCAAAAACAAAUACAUCUUUGUUUAUUUGAAUAUUAUAAUUUUAUAUGUAAUAUUUGUAUGUCAGAAUUAAUAUAA